AUGUCUGCAGAUGAUAAAAAUAAAAUUCAUUUACCAACAAAACUUUUCAAUUGCCAAGAAGUUAAAAAACGUAUGCACGAAAUUCUUCAUGACCAUUUACAUAGUGAACAAUAUGAUUUAAGUCGAUGUAAUUUUCUAGCAAAAAAUCUUUCAAAUAUUAUAAAAGAUUCAUUAAAAAUGUUGGAUUAUGAACGCUAUAAAUUUAUUGUACAAAUUGUGAUUGUUCAACAAAAUGAUGAAAGCUUUAAAAUGAUUUCUCGAUCUUAUUGGGAUUCUGAAACAGAUAAAUUUGCACAAUCAAUUUAUAUUAAUCAAUUUUUAAUAUGUGUUGCUACAACUUUUGCUAUUUUUUACUAUUAA